GGUGCUACGCCAUGUCUGGUGGUGCCCCAGUUUCCCCUAAUCAUGAAAUUUUUAGAAACAUAGAAAAAAUUUAGUCACUACGAAGCUUGGGAUCGUACGCAGCAUGGAUACUUUUUCCUAUCAUCGGCAUAGUGCGCUGAUCAAAUGUCAGCGAACCAUUUUAAUUAAAUCCUAAAGUAAGCUUUUUUGCAAGCUUUUGUUUUUGAAAUUAUUGUAACGUUGCCUUUUCACCUGAAUAGACUAAAUAAUAAAAAGAUAAGAAUGUGUAUAUAGGUAACAAUAAAUUAAAAUUCUUAUACGAUAUAAGGUGAUGGAAGCGACAAUUUCUGAGGGAUAUAUUGAGUAAAAGUCUCAAUUUUUUUUACUCACCAAAAUAGCCUCUCAAUUUUAGAUGUUCAGAGGCAUAAAAUGAGAGAAUUUAUAUGCUUUUGGCAUAGAGGAACUUCUUGAAAAACCUGUAAGAGAAGAAAAGCUUAAAUGUUGAAAAUGAGAGAAUGUGUGUAAGAGAGAAAGAGAGACAGAGAGAGAGUUGAAGAUUUUGUUAUUCGCGCACGGAAAUAAACACGAAUAUGUAUUGAGAGAAGACCACGCCACAAUAAAAUUACAUAGUACAGAGUCAGUCGAUGUUUGGCUAUCCAUACAAGUGGACCUUAUACCAGUCAGGUUUCAAAUUGUUUUACGGAUAUUGUGAGCUUUUUUUCUGGGAAAUAUUAUAUAUAUCGCGCGCGCAUUUUUCCCUCCAAAGAAGUUUGAAAAAGUUGAAAAGAGAUUUUGAGACAGUUUCUUGAAGGAUAAUUUAGUGGUAUAUGUAUAUAAAAGAAAAUGAUAGUAAAUGAGGAUGAAAAUUAAAAUAAAAAAUAUAGUGUUUGAUUGGGUGAAAAUGAGCACAAGAAUAUAAGAUAAAUUUUAAAUGGUGAAAUAAUAAAACUGUUGGUAGUUAUAUAUAUAUACUCCGUUGGAAUAUAUAUUUUUUUAUUCUCUGUGCAUGAAGGAAAAAUAACAGAUAAAGCUAAUAAUAAAAUUUAUAGUGUGAAGACAUAAAAAUUUAAUAAUGAGUGAAGGUAAAUGAAAAAGAGAAAGAUACAUUUAUUAAAAUAUUUAACGUGACUAUCACAUGGUUUAAGACGAAAAUUAAAGCCCCAAAAAAAAGAAGAUUUAGUGAAAUAUAUAUAUUUUUUUAAAUAAAUAAUUUGUUAUAAAGUGUUCGUUGGGUGUAUUAAUGUGAAAAUUAUUCAACAAAAAGGUUGUUUGUUGAUUCUCAUUGUAGUGCAGAUAUGGAGAUUGUAUUACCCCAACAGUAAAAUUUUCCAGACUUGGACAUUUUCUUGUCAUUUGACGAUGAAAUAUUUGCUCAACUGAGGGGAGUAUUAUAUUUAAUACUCAUGAAACUUGAAAAGGAAACUCCAUGAAAGCUGUUUUAUGUGGAAAAUACUCAGCAGUUUUGUCUUAAAGUUUCGUCAGGUGCUAUUCGAUGUCGAUUAAUUAAAAUUAAAAAAAAUUAAAAAUACAAGUGAUCUCUAAAUUAGUACUUUGAAAGCAUCAUUCAAAUGGCACUGACCAUGCUAACAAAUAAUUUUUGUGUCACAUACCAAUUGCAGAAAAAGUAUUUAACAAUACAAGCAACCAAAAAGUUUGACAUUGUAAAUAUCAUUAGACUUUUCAUCACUGUGUAGUCUGUAGUGUAUAAAGAAUUGAUAGAGAAAAAAAGCUCCAGAAGUCGCGAGAGAGAGAGAGAGCUUAAUGGAGCUUUGAGUGUUUUUGAUGCUCAAUUGAAAAUUAAGAGUGUAUAUAUAAUUUUCUUCAAACAAUUUACACAUACGUUAUUCAUCACAAAUUUGUAUUCAACAAAAUCUCAAAACUGAAUAUAAAAGAUAGACACAGUAAAGUUGAAAAAGUCUUAUUUUAUCACCAUUUUACCUGUCUGUAUGUGUUCUUCUUUAUCCAACAAAAAAGAUAAAAAAAAAAACGGAAGAGAAUAUAUAAAUUUUAAUACAAAUACCGAGAAAAUACUAGUGAAAAAGAUAUAACAAUAAUUUAUAUGAAAUAAUUUCAAAUAGUUCACUGCUUGUGACCUGAAAUUCUACCAAAAAACAAAUCCCUUACCUACGUUUGCUGCUAAUAGCAAAAAAAAAUAAUGGUGAAUAAAUAAUACAUUAUUUCACAACAUUUAAAAUAUAAUUUAUUGUGAAGUGAUUUCACACUUAAAAGAAAGAAAUGAAAAAAAAAUAGAUAAAACUACAUGGGUGCCGUGCAAACGUAAUUAAAAGAAACUUUUAUCAUAUAUUUAUGAACAGAGUUUUGCACUAUAUGUUGAACUUUGGGAAAAAAAAUUCAUUUAACACUGCUAAGCUAACAGAAAAAAAGAACAGGCCAUGUUCUGAAGAUUUGAGCAUGAUUUUUAACAUGGUUUUUAUUGCAUAAGACAUAGAGUUCUUAUUUUUGUCAUUCGUAAGAAUGACUCUUCUGACCAACAGGAAUCAUUUUGGAACAAUAGAAUUUCAGACAUUAUAAUAAAAACAAGUGUGUCAGUCUCUAAAAAAAAAGGGAAAAAAAUAUCAAAAAGACUAAGAAAAAUAUAAACCAACGAAAUAAACAAGUUUUCAUAAUUUUAUGUUGGUUGUUUUUUUUUGCAUUCCAACAACAAUAAAAUUAAUUGUGUGUGUGAUUCAAAAAAUAAGGAAUAUGCUCAAGAUGCGACUGUAGAAUCAAUAUAAAAAAUAUAUAUCAGUAAUACUAAACGUGUCACGUAAAAGAGGUAAAAUACUUGUGAACUUGUUAAAAACUUCAAGUCAAGUGAAUAAUUUUCACUUUGUUUUACAAAGACAGAAAAUUUGCAAUUUUAACUUCGAUGGAGAACAUCUUGUACAGAUGAAGAAAAUCAGUACAAGGAUUUCACCUAAUUUCAUAUUCAUCUGAAGAGGAAAAGUUUAUUUUUCCUCCUGGAGAAACACCGCGAGAAAGUUUAUAAAAAGUUAAAAAAAAAAUUGUGGCAAAUUGAAGUGAUAAAAGUGAUAAAAUUGAUAAGUUUGACACAGAAAAGUGAAUUAGAGAGAAAAGUAGAAAAAGACAACGAUUUGGGAUUAGUGAAGUGAUAAAAAAUAAAAUUAUUUUAAAAUUUUGGUGUACGGUGCCCUAUUGGACGUCAUUAUAUGUCGAACUGGAGCGUCACGAAGAAUGGGAUUUAAGUGUGGUCGAAGAAGAAGGAUCCGAGGCCGAUAAAAUGAAUGUGUCACCUUGUUUUACCGAGGGACUUUUGAGUAGACCAUUUGGAUAUGUACGUCAAAUGGAAAGUCAACAGCAUCAACAGCAACAACGUACAAAUUAUCCAAUGCAAACCAAUAUGGAUUAUGCACCGACGCAUCAUGAACCAACGUCAUCUUAUCAUUAUCAACAACAACCACCGAAUUCUUAUUACCACCAAACAACAUACCAUCAUGAACAGUACAAUCAGUAUGGAAUUGAUGGACAAUCUUCAGGUGGUUACACACAACCACCAUAUCCAUCAACUUCUUACACACAAUAUAGUGACUACUAUCACACUAAUCCUACGAUGGAUAGUGAACCAGGCACAAGUUUUUCUGCACCAAAUCAACAACAAGCAACGAAUGUUGGGGGAGAACCAGGUGGAUCGAGGUAUCAUCUCCAAUAUCAGCAAUCAACACAGACGGCAGUUCAGCAAUCCAUGCCACAUCAGCACACGUGGUAUCAGCCACCACUUAUGCCACCAGAACAUAUGAUGAAUAUGAUUCAGUUGACAAACAGCAGCAAUGGCAGAGAAGCAAGAAAUCGUGCAGAGAAGAAUAGGAGAGAUAAACUCAAUAAUUCAAUACAAGAAUUAUCUGGAAUGGUACCACAUGUAGCUGAAUCACCUCGACGUGUCGAUAAGACGGCAGUUUUACGCUUCUCAGCACAUGGCCUAAGGAUUGAUUAUGUAUUUGGAAAAUCUGCAGGACCCUGUCAGUUUCGGAUUAAACCACAAACGACGGAUGCUUUCUUGCGUCUCCUGGACAGUUUUCUCUUGACACUGACGUGUCGAGGGCAGAUUCUUCUAGUAUCACCAAGCAUUGAGCAACAUCUGGGCCAUUGUCAGACGGAUCUCUAUGGUCAGAGUAUUUUGAACAUCACACAUCCAAAUGAUCACAGUCUCCUGAAACGUCAGCUGGUACCGUCUGAUCUGGAGAAUCUCUUUGAUAUUCAGCCAGGAGAUGACAAUCUUGAGCCUCGACCGAGGAGUAAAGAGGAAGAGGAUGAAAUUGAUGAGCGAUUGAGGAAGGAUCGUAGAGAUUUCACAAUUAGAUUGGCUCGGGCUGGUCCGAGAUCUGAGCCGACAGCGUAUGAAGUUGUACGAAUUGAUGGGUGCUUCAGGCGGGCAGAUUCUGCACCGCGUGGUACCAAAGCCAGCACCUUUCCUGGUGGGCUUCAGCUCAUUCGGCGCACACGCGGUCGUGACGAUAGUUUGCCAUUGCACGCGAUAAGUGGCAAUGACAUCGUCUUGGUGGCCAUGGCGCGUGUUCUGAAGCCACCUUCCAUCUGUGAUCGUCUUAUUGAGGCGUGCAAGCAUGAGUACAAGACACGUCACUUGAUUGACGGACGAAUUGUGCAAUGUGAUCAGAGGAUCUCGAUUGUGGCUGGGUAUCUUACUGAGGAAGUAUCCGGUCUCUCGCCAUUCACAUUUAUGCAUAAGGAUGAUGUCCGUUGGGUCAUGGUAGCUUUAAGACAAAUGUACGACUACAGUCGUCAAUAUGGUGAAUCCUGUUACCGUCUCAUAACGAGAACUGGUCAAUUUAUCUACCUCAGAACUCGGGGAUUCCUUGAGAUAGACAAGGAGACAAACAAAGUGCACUCUUUUAUCUGUAUAAACACCCUCGUGUCGGAGGAUGAGGGCAAGAGGCUGGUCAGGGAGAUGAAGAAGAAAUUUUCAAUUAUCAUUGAUCCCGAUGAGGUAGCAGGGGCUGAGAGUGAAGAAGCGGCUGUGGAGAAUCCUCAUCAAAUAGAACGUGCAAUAAUGAAUUUGAUAACAAAUCUUGUGCCACCGGAGGGUCUUCCUGACAUACCCGGUCAGCCAGAUUCUCCUGCUAGUACAGUCAGUAAAGAUAGUCGCUACACUAAAAGUCCUCCACUGUCGAUUAUUGCACCAAAGCCCAGUACAAUAAAGACUUCAAUUGUGAAGAGUGUGAGUGUUGUGGAGGCUGCCACGAAGAAUAUCAAAUCCCCAGAGUCCAUUUCAUCUGUAAGUAGUCCCUCUUCGGACAUCCAUCGACCGUCGGUGCUGCAGAGGACGCCGGGAAAGAGGGGAGGAAAGAGUGAAUAUUACGGAUCUCCGGCAAGUGUGGGAAUUAAGGAAGAAACAGAAUCCCUCGCUUCGCCCUAUAGUGACCAGAGAACUACGCCACUGCCAUCGAGUGUUGGGUACUUUGAGCGCUACGAUCUCCAGGAUCCCGAAGGGAUUCUCUAUGGCAGUGAAACUGCGCAGAAUCAAACGUUCUUUAGAACAGAAGCAGGUCACAGGACGAGUUCAGUAUUGAAGAGGACAUUCUGUGGGGAACCUAUGAUGGAGAGUAUGACCAAAAGACGCAACCUAAUGAGUCCGGGAGGUGCGGGAAGUUCAUUAGAAAGCUCCAUUGAAAAGAUCAAUAAUCCUCGAAAUGAUCUGGAACAAGUCCUGCCGCCCACUUUUAGAGACAUUGAUCAAUCGUUAACAAAUAUUGGAGAUGCAGUGGAUGUUCUGAAUGAGCAAUCUUAUCUACUUUCAUCAUCAAAUACUCAUCAACUCGAGGAAAUUAUGGAAGAGCAACAAGAACAAAGGGAUGAGUUGCAGUCAAUUCAGCAGGAAUUUCAUACGAUAAUCAGUGAAAAUCGAAACUUACAAAGUUCCACGGACCCUCAUGCAGGUGGGAGUAGUUCAGUAGUGUACAGCAGAGUUGGUGGGACUGGAAAUAGUAGUUCUAGUGAUUCUGGUAGUGGUAAAUGAUAGUUGUAUAUCAAUUAACGUGCGCUAAAAAAGCUACUUGGAUAAAGAAAAAAUACCUCUUUCGAAAGGAAAACCUAAGCUAAUUAUUUAGUAAAUAUCCUGGUUAUUUAUUUUAUACAAAAAAAAAGAAACUUAUGAAGAUGAAUAAUUUUAAUUGUGUUAAAAAUUUUAUAUUUUUAAGAGGUUUUUGUUUUAUUUUUCUUUAUUUUUUUUAGACAUCAUUCAUAUCUCAUGAGUAGAAAUUUUUGUUUUAUUUGUUUUAAAUCAGAAUGAUUUAGUGAUUUUUAAUUUUAUUUCAGAGAUAAAAUUUUAAUAGUAAAUCAAUUAAGUAUAUUAUUAUGAUAAAUAUCUACGAUUUUGUGGUGGAUAGAAGAUGUGUUUAGGUGAAAGAAAUUUAUAUUUCACGAAUAAAUUAAAUUAAAUAAUAUAUUUUAGGAAUUUGCGUGAGUCUUUAAAGUUUCCAGAAAGUACAAUAAAUUUUGGGGAGAGAAACAAAUUAUUAUUAUAUAAAAGGGAAAAUAAGAUAUUGGACUAAGAUAAAUUAAAAGAAGUUUAUUGACAAAAAGAUAAAAAAAAGUACACACAUUUAUUAAAUUUAGAAAAAUAAGAGAAAAAAAAUUCACAUUUAAAACACAAAAAAAAAAUCAUUUUAGUAGCAGAAAAAAAAAUCGAAAAUGAGUGAAAAAAUCGGUAUUACUAUUUUUAUAAUCUGAAUAAUAAAUUGAGAAAAAAAAACUUUUUACUAAUAUUUAGUAAUGAAGAUAAAGCAACACAAAUAUUUCCAUACAACACUUUACAUAGAAAAAAAUUAGAAUGAAAUUAAAGUAAAGGAUAACCCCUCAAUUCGGCAACGACAAAGGUAAGAAACUCGAUGCUUUUGCAUCAUCAGCAACAUUCCAUAUUGUGGAAAUUUUUUUCGCGAACAUUAUUUCCAGAUUGAAAGCUCAAUAAAAUUAUUUAAGCGCAAAAAUACAAAAAAAAAGUACGAGAAAGGAAGAAUAGUAAUGGUACAGUUACAGUAAUGGCAUAGCAACACUUACCGUGUCUUUGUUUUAAAUACCAUUUUGCAUGAGAGUAGUUUGGUACCUCCUGAGUAAGCUCCGCCCAUUGAUCUAUAGGCCACGCCCAUUUGAUAAAAACCUCAGAAAUAUAAUAGAAUGCAACUUGUGACCAAAAAAAGAAACUUAUCAAUGAUCGUUUAAUUGAAAUUUUGAUAGAUUUUUUUAUUUAUAUUUUGUGAUUGUUUAUCGGAAAAUAAAAUGGGCGUGUCCAAAAGUCCACUGAAAUGUAUAUUUCCUGAAUGUUACAUAAGAGAGGAUACAACAAACAAUAAAAAAUGAAUAAAUGAAAAAGGGAGAUUUCUAUUUUAAUAUUAUUAUUCAUAUUUAAAAAAUCGAAAAAAUAUUUUUUUCGGGAAAUUGGCAAAAAUUUAAAAAUAAAAAAUAAAAUAAAAUGUUUAAAAAGACAGAAAAAAAACAAUAAAAGAAACUAGACAAGGUUUAGUAAUAUUUAGAAUUAAACAUUACUCAAUGUUUAAAUUAAUGCUCAACGCACAAUAACUUUUGUUUAGUAAACAUAUUUUUGACAUUUCAAUGAGAGUGAGUGAGAUCUAGAUCUAGUCAUCUCGCUCAUUCUCAUGGAAAAUCUUGAAAACAUGUUUACAAACAAAAGUUAUUGUGCGCUGGUCAUAAUCUAGAGAUGGUAAAAUUUCAGAAAUUUCACAGCAGUCUCCACCUACUUUAGGCGGAAAUUCAUGAAAUUUCUUGAAAUUCACCAACUCUACAUAAUACUUCUCUAUUAUUUAUUAUUUAAAAUCAACCUAUAAAGAGCAGCAUUUUCACCGAAAACGUUAUACUUCUUAGACCAAUAUAGCUAAAAUAUACAUUUGAUGAUUUUUCUGAGGUUAUCUAAGAAAAAUCUAAGAAUAAUGAAUAAAUAAAAAUGCUUAACGAAAGAACCGUAAAUGACAAAUCACCUGAUUAGCGUCAAUCAGUCGCUCUGAGGAGUUGUUUGAUGCUAAAAGUCAAGAACGGCGUCAAUCAGUCAUUAUGAUUAACCCUUUAACGACGAGACACUUUUUACGGACUGAAAAUCAUCAAUAAAAAUUAAACUGAGAAACAUAAUCAAUGAUAAGUCUUACAUCUAACCUUGUAAAGUCCAACAGAGUCUAAUUCGGUGUAUUUUGUGCUUCUAUGAACGAUGGAGACAAAAAUAGCCCAAAAAUUUAAGUAAUUUUUCUGACAAUAACAAUGAAUAAUAUUUUUCGCUUUAAUGAAAAAUAUUACUUAUGAGUAUUGUAGUUUUUAUUGCCAUAAGGGUUUUGCUUGAAAAAAAAUUGGAAGUAUAAAAAAUAAAUAAAAUCAAUUAUGAAUUUCAGAAUUUAAAAAUUCGCAAUUUUUAAGCUUGAAUAUUUACUACGUACCAAAUAGCUAGAGACUUGCAAAAAAUAUUCUAGAUUCCUUCAACCUUCUACUUUACAACUAUGUACAGACACAGGAAAAAAAUAACUUUAGGUAAUCAGGAAAAAUUAUUUUCUUUAUGGGACACCGGUGUUCCAAUCGUCCUUAAAGUGUGAACUAAUCGGCGUCGAUUAAUCGGAACCGCCGAUGAGCCACCGUUAUUGGCAUAACGGCGCCAAAAAUAUGAUCGUGUGAUCGACGCCGAUGAAUAAUUCUGAUCGAAUAAUUUCUGUUGUUCAGGAACCCUGACUGUCUGUCAAGCGCCAAUCAAUCACCGUUAUCUGCCGAUUGGAACUGAUAAGUCACUCUAAUCGGUUAAGGUUCGCCGAUCAAUACAUAUUUCUAAUUGACUAAUCGGCAUAGAUCUAUUAGUACCGUCGAUCCGUCACCGUGAUCUGCUGGCUGAUUUUAUUAUUAUCGAUGUUUAUUAGUCAUUCUGAUUGACUAGUCACUAAUCAGACACCUCGAUCAUCUCCUAGACAACGAUCAAUUAUCGUGAUCCGCUUAUCGGCUGUAAUUAGUCACUAUUCACUUUGAUCGGUUAAUUGAAACCGAUAAAUAUUUCUGAUUGACUAAUCAGCGUAGAGUUACCGUAACCACCGAUGAGUCACUGUGAUUGGCAGAUCGGCGCCAUGGAAUAAGAUCAAGUGAUCGACGCCGAUGAAUAAUUCUGAUCGAUUAAUUUCUGCUGAUCAGGCACUCUGAUCGUCUAUUAGGCGCCGAUAAAUCACUGUGGUUCUGAGGACUGCCACUGAUAAGUCGUUUUGAUUGGUUGAUAUUCGAAGAUCAAUCUUUGAGAUUGACUAAUCGUCGUAGAUCUACCGUUUGUCGGCUCUAAUUCAAUUCUGAUAGAUUAAAAUCUACUGAUCAGGUACUGUGAUCAUCUGCUAGAUGGCAAUAAGUCACCGUGAUUCGCUGAUCAUAAUUUAUAAGUCACUCUAAUCAGUUGAUGUUCGCUGAUCAAUUUUCGAGAUUGAAUAAUUGAUUUAAAUCUACCGUUACCACCGAUAAUUCUGAUCGAUUAAUCGCUGAUCAGGCUGAUUAAUCGCUGAGGCACCCUGAUCGUCUGCUAGGCGCUGUUAACUGCUGAUCGGGAUUUAUAAGUCAGUUUGAUCGGUUGGACGCCGCCGAUAAAUAUUCUUGAUUGACUAAUCGGCGUUGAUGUAUUAUUACCGCCGAUGAGUUCCCGUGAUCGCUUGAUCGGUGUCGAUAAGUAAUUCCGAUUAAUGAAUCGCCUUGAGCAGGCACUCUGAUUGCCUAUUAGGUCUUGAUGAAUCACCGUGAUCCGCUAUUCUGAUUGAUAUCCGUCAUUCUGAUUGAUUAAUCACAGAUCAAACACUUUGAUCGUCUGUUACGCGACGAAAAGUCAUAAUGAUUCGCUGGUCGGCUCUGAUAGGUCACUCUAACCGAUUUAUGUUUGUCGAUCAAUAUUUCUGAUCGACUAACAGCCAAAGAUCUACUGUGAAUGCCGAUCAGUCACUCUGAUCGUGUAAUCGGUGCUGAUUUAUCACUGAUCAAGCACUCUGAUCGUCUGCUAGGCAGCCGAUUGACUAAUCGGUGCAGAUCCACCGCCUAUGAGUCACCAUGAUGGGCUGAUCGGUGGCGAUAAGUAAUUUUGAUUAGUUAAUCGCUUGAAUCAAGCACUUGGAUUGCCUGUGCCUGGCUUAAGUUUCCUGAAUUUUCCAAUAAAAAUUUCAUACAGUUACUGACUGCACCAUCUGAUAAAUUAAUCAAUGGAUUGCAAAGCAUUCAACCAUAAUGAAAUUUUCAUAUUAUUAUCCUGGAUUGUAAUACCAAUCCUAAGACGGAGAUAGACGAUCGUGGGACGGACUAAAAACGAUUUUGGAAAAAGUUUGUUAGAAAAAAAUCACACAAAAUAGUGUUUUGCGAUAACUUUUAAAAGUAAAAAAACAAACCGAAUAAAAUUAGGGUUUUCCUUCAAUCGAAUUGGAAGAAUAAAAACGAAAAGGCGUGGUCAAGUUCAUUACUUUUUUCGUACAUCAUUUCACAUUUUAUUUUCAAAUUAGUAAUCAAGAUCUUAAUAUUACAGUCUAAAAGUUAGAAAUUAUUUAAAGAAAGAAUCAAGCGCUAGUUGGGAUCGUAGAUCCUAAAAGAGGGCGUGGUUUAAAAGUGUUUAUAGGUCGAACUUACUCAGGAGAUUUAGAGACUACCUUCCGGCAAAAAUAUGGGACUAAAGAAGCAAAAGUCAAGGUCAAGUGUAGGAAUCGUAGUAAUUGUUGUUUCAAAGUGGAAUUAAGAUAGGUAAAAUGUUGAUAAGAAUUUUAAUAAAACAAAAAUUGUAAAAUUUGAAGGUUUCUCAGUGUGCAUUUUAACUGGCCAACGAAAGCUCUAAGGAAAAUGACAAAAAAAAAUCACAAAUUUACUCUCAAUUUUGCAUUUUUCUUGAGAGAACUAGAGAGUAUAUAAUUAAGAAAAAUAAAAAAAAGAUAGAAAAGAUAUUUUUCGGAAGAACAUUAAAAGUAAUAAUUAGUAAAAUAUGGUCAUUAUUGAAAGCAAAAAAAAAAACUAAAUAAAAGAUAAUGUUGUGUUGUAAA